AUGGACGUCAAAGAGACUGUCCGAGCACAUCUCAGUCAAGAUACAGCUGGAGAGUGGCUCCUGAUACUCGACAAUGCCGACGAUAUGACUCUAUGGGGGAGAAACUCUCCCACAACUCCAGGGGUCACGCCCUUGACAAAGUAUCUACCGAAGAGUCCUAGCGGAUCAAUUCUUGUCACCACACGAAGCCGACGAGUGGCCGCUCCGAUCGCAGGCAAGCACGUCAUUAACUUGAUGGAGGUGACUGCUGAAGAGGCUGAACAGAUGUUGAAAUCCCUUCUGCCGGAGAGCAGUCUUGCUGACCGUGAAGAGACUGAACUGUUGUUGGAAAAACUGACCUACCUGCCUCUGGCGAUUGUCCAAGCUGCAUCAUAUAUCAACGAAAAUGAUGCAUCGAUCAACGACUAUCUAGAACUACUAGACAGCACGCAAGAAGAUGGUGUGAUCGCGCUUCUCAGUGAGAACUUUGAUGACCACGGGCGGUACGCGAUCGCUACCAACCCCAUCGCUGCGACAUGGCUGAUCUCGUUCGAACAAAUUCGGAAAGCGCAUGCUCUUGCGGCAGACUAUUUGGCGUUCAUGGCGUGCCUGGGCGAAAAGAAUAUUCCACGGUUGCUUUUACCGUCUGACCACGAGGAAAAGGACAUACUUGAAGCCAUAGGAACUCUCAAGGGGUAUUCUUUUUUACGGCAGCAAGGCAAUGAAAACAGUCCUCAGUCCCUGUACGACAUGCAUCGACUAGUUCGACUUGCUACGCGGAACUGGCUGAAAAAGGAAAACAGUCUGUCGAAAUCGACGGAGAUAGCAAUUCGGCAAACGGCUCACGCUGUUCCAUACGUCCAUUGGGAAACCAAAGAUACCUGGCUUCUUUGCAUGCCACAUGCUCAGACUCUUCGUGAUUCGGGGUUCGGUGAAAAUCUUGCUGAGCGAUACGAGUUGCUUCUGAAAGUGGGGAUAUGUUUCGACUGGACUGGAAAACCCACUGAAGCCGUGGAAAUAUUUGGACGGUAG